AUGUUUAAAUUUAAUUUUAAUGUUGAAGAAAAUGGUAUAAAUGAAAAUUUAAAUGUCAAAGAAAAACAAGAUGAUCUUUCUACAUUAACUCAAGAAUUUGGAUAUUUUCAUAUUGACGAUUUACAAAACGAAUCCAAAGAAGAUGAAGAAAAAAGUCGUCAAAAAUUUGAAUUAUAUAAAUCAGAUCUUAUACCAAAUAUUUAUGAAGGUGGUUUUAAAACAUGGGAAUGUUCACAUGAUUUAGUUAACUAUUUAAAAUCUAUCAUCGAAAAUUAUCAAAAUAUCACAACAGUUAUCGAACUUGGUUGUGGUAGUGGUUUACCAGGUUUGGAAUUAAAUAAAUCUCAACAAUUUCAUGUUGAUUUUCAAGAUUUUAAUCGUGAAGUAGUUGAACAAACAGGAAAACAAUUGAAGAAAGAAAAAAGAAUGUAUAACAAUCGUAUGUUUUUUGGUGAUUGGAGUGAUUUAAUAAAUAUUAUUCCAUCUCAUUAUUAUGAUAUCAUACUUACCUCAGAAACAAUAUACAAUAUCAGUAAUUAUGGAAAAUUAGUUCAAUUAUUUGAUCAUGCUCUAAAACCACAAGGCGUUAUAUAUCUUGCUGCUAAAGUAUAUUAUUUUGGUGUUCAAGGUGGUGUACGUCAAUUUGAAGAAUUUAUUAGUAAAACUGGUUUAUUCAAUACUCGAGUUAUUCAAAUUAUUGAUGCAAGUAAGGAGAAGAAGCAAAAUGUUUGUUGA